CAGUGCGAUUUCCGGAAUUCCGAGCGCGCGGCGCUACGCUGACUGGCUGCGAAUGAAAUAAACAGAAGACAAAAGAAGAAGCGAGACUGCGGGACUGAUUCAGAGACUGACACCGCCGAGCUCCAGCGCACAAACAUGGAAACACCCGCCCCAGGUCUGAAUCAGGAGAAGCUGUCUUCUUUUGUGAAGCGGCUGCGGUCCGAGCCUCGGUACAUGCUUGCGCAGAAUGUGUCCACCUGCAUCGACCCCCUAGAAGUGUGCCUCCACAGGCAGACAGUCCAGGACACAGUGCAUAUCUUCCAGCACUCCAUCCCCACGGAGGGUAAACCUGUCACCAACCAGAAGAACUCAGGGAGGUGUUGGAUCUUCUCGUGCCUCAAUGUCAUGCGACUUCCUUUUAUGAAGAAGUUUAACAUUGAAGAGUUUGAGUUCAGUCAGUCCUAUCUCUUUUUCUGGGAUAAGGUGGAACGCUGCUAUUACUUCUUACAUGCCUGUGUGGAGACGGCCCAGAGGAAAGAGCCCGUUGAUGGCCGGUUGGGCCAGUUUCUGCUCUCAAAUCCCACCAAUGAUGGUGGACAGUGGGAUAUGCUGGUUAACCUCAUUGAAAAAUAUGGCGUCAUUCCAAAGAAGUGCUUUCCUGAAUCUCACAGCUCUGAGGCCUCGCGUCGAAUGAACGAUAUCCUCAAUCACAAGCUGAGAGAGUAUUGUUUAAGGCUGAGGAACAUGGUGGCCAGUGACUCUACCAAGACGGAGCUGAAUGAAGCAAUUGACACCAUGAUUGAGGAGGUCUUUCGAGUGGUCAGUGUGUGUCUGGGCAGUCCUCCAGAUACUAUCUGUUGGGAAUACAGGGACAAGGACAAGAACUUCCACCGCAUGGGUCCCUUGACCCCAAAGGAAUUCUACACAAAGCACGUCAAGCCACUCUACAACCUGCAGGACAAGGUGUGCCUUGUGAAUGACCCCCGGCCUCAGAACCCUUUCGGGAAGUUGUACAGUGUGGAGUUUUUGGGUAACAUGGUAAGCGGCCGCAGCACACUCUACAAUAAUCAGCCCAUCGAGCUACUGAAGACGGCCGCUGCAGAGUCCAUCAAGGACGGAGAGGCUGUGUGGUUUGGCUGUGAUGUAGGAAAGCAUUUCCAUGGCAAACUGGGUAUCAAUGACAUGAACGUGUUUAACCAUGAGCUGGUGUUUGGCAUCUCUGUAAAGAACCUAACGAAGGCAGAGCGACUGAUCUAUGGAGACUCCAUGAUGACACAUGCCAUGAUCCUUACUGCUGUUACUGACAAGGAGGGGAAGGAGGGAUGCUAUGAGAAGUGGAGAGUGGAGAACUCGUGGGGUGACGAUCGUGGGAAUAAAGGUUAUCUGAUCAUGACGGACGAGUGGUUCUCUGAAUAUGUGUAUGAGGUUGUGGUGGAUAAAAAGUUCCUCUCCCCUGAAGUGCUGGAGGUUAUGCAGCAGGAGCCUGUCGUUCUCCCAGCCUGGGACCCGAUGGGAGCCCUGGCAUAACCAUGGAAACCAAGAGUGCCCUGCUCAAUCCGGUCUCAGCCUGGUCUUUCUGAAUCCCUUUGAUUUUACCCUUCAUAAACGCCCAAAAAAAGCCUGUUUUAGACAAAAUAAAUUUUUUUCUUUUUUUUACUGGA